GGCCGGCAUUGCCGGUUUUGGGGAUCUCUGAAUGGAUUUUGAGAUAAUUUCGGCAUCCCUGUGUGAAUUUCGAGAUUCGCGUAAGGUUUUUUGGAACCUUGAGGGAUUUUGGGGUGGCCCUCGUAGGGUGGGGGCACUCUGGGACCCUCUUUUUAGAGAGCUGCACUGGGGGUACCCUCACAACACCGCCCCCACCUUCUCCCACAGCUUCCCUCUUCCUCGGGAUAUCCCUGGAUUCGAAGUUUCCGUGCAAUUCUCCCCUGGUGGUUCCUCAUCCUGUGCGUGAAGCACGGAAAAACUCUCUAUACCCCACAGAAGAAGUUCUAAGAGUAGAAUCCAUGGAUUCCCUCCUUCGCCUCUGUGCCCACCGCGUUGUCGCCCAGUGCUCUCUUCCCACCAUCCCUGCCCAUCUCUAUCCCGUCCUUUUCCAAGCGGCAUUCCGGGAUGGAAGACACCUCUUCCUGUGGUAUCUGGUGGCCACUUGGCCUUUCAAGGAGCUCCAUGUCCGGCAGCUUGUGGGGCACCUGGAGCUGCACUGGGAUCAUCGCAGCAUCAUCUCUGUCCAGGCCAUCAUCCAGGCUGUUGUGGCGCAGCUUCAGCGGAAGCUUGAAGAGCCCAGCAGUGAUUCCAGCAGGUGCCAGCUGCGCAUUUUGGACAUGACGGGAUUUUGGGAAGAUCCAGACAGUGACAUCACCAAGGCUUUGGUCAAGGCUUGUGUGGAGGUGUCCAAGCACCAGCAGGAAUUCCAGAGGCACAGACCCAAGCAGCACAAAGGAUGCUCUGGAGCCACCACAGCCACUCCACAGCCCCCAGGCGUGGACGUCCACACCGACCUGUACGUCAGCAAAAAGUCCAACAAGAUCGUGCGCGAUGCACUCCAGACUGGAGCCUCCGCCCCUCUGCGCAUCAAGUGCCACAAAUUUCAACCAAGGUCCAUCUCAGCAUCCGACAUCGUGAAUUUCUUGCAAUGUCUGGAUCCAUCCUGUCUGCGGAGGGUGGAACUGCGUAGAUGCAGGUUGAAACUGUCUGACAUUUUGGAGAUCCUGCCACACCUCUCACGCUUCCCGGAGCUGCGCAGCCUCAGCCUCCAGUGCACCAAUAUAUUUGGGCUGCCCCACAGGCCAGAAUUGGCCAAUGGAAUCCCGUGCCUGGCUCGGCAGCUGGGAAUGCUGCCCAGCCUCCGGGAGCUCAGCCUGGAAUAUUCCCAGGUCUCCGGGAAUCUGCACCAGAUCCUCGGCAACCUCCAGACUCCAUUGGAAAGCUUGGAAUUGCCCUUCUGCUCCCUCAUUCCCGACGACCUCGCCUUCCUCUCCCAAAGCUUCCACGCUCCAGCCCUCAAAAGGUUGAAGCUGAGCUCCUAUGACAUCUCUCAAGGCCUCCUGGAGCCACUCCGGCUGCUCCUGGAGAAAGCCUCGGCCUCACUGCUGCACCUGGAUCUCUCCUAUUGCUACAUUGCCGACUCCCACCUGGCCGUGCUGCUCCCGACACUCCUGCGCUGCUCCCGCCUGCGCUUCCUGGGACUCAACAGCAAUCCCCUGUCCAGGGCCGCGAUCAAGGAUCUGCUCCAGAAAACCUUGGAGCUGCCAAAUCUCCACCUGGUUGUGUAUCCUUACCCCCUGGAUUGCUACACAGGGGACCCAUCAGCAUUCGAAUGGCAUUUAGGGGAGUUUGUGGAUGCGGAGAUUUUGGCAGCGGCCAAGUCAGAGUUUUUCCAAAUCUUGGUAAAUUCCGGAAGAACCGACAUCGUCUGGACUGAUGAUCCCGACAGCCACAAAGCCCCGGACUACUUCUCUUUGUGAUUUGGGAAAAGCUCAGAGGCGGGAAAAGCUCAGAGCCUCCAUCACGAAAAAGUGCUACCACCUUGUUCCAGAAAUCCAGGUGUUUUCUGCUUAUCCUGGUGCUUUUCUGCCUUAUUCAAGUCGGUUUUUGCUUUCAUUUCGGUGCUUUUCUGUUGACGAUUGAGAGAGACAAGAGGACUACUGACUCGUGAUCAGAAUCUGAAUUUUAAUGUGAGCUACGUAUGCUCAUAUAGCAUUCUCAGAAAAGCCAGUCAUUUUUAACCAUGUUUAUUGGGUUAAACUUCACACAAAUAAACUUAACAUAUCUACUUAGUUAGAGUAA